GUUAAUUUAUUGAUUUUACAAUAUAUAUACACACAAUAGAUUAUUGAUUAACUACUAGCCAAAUUCAUUUAAAUUUAUUGAUUAACCGGACUUUUAAAAUAAUACAUCAUCAUUAUUAUUGUGGACAUCAUUUCAUUAAUGAUUGGUCAAUAAAUUAACCUUCUUCUAUAGUCUUAUUUCCUUAUUUAUGUCGGUAUAAUAGUCUUGUUCUAUUGUAACAAGCAGCGGUUAUCAGUUUCUCGGAUGUCAUAGUAAAUAAUCUUGUCGGUAACAGUAAUUAAUGACAGAUAUUGUUACUAUCACCAAAAAGAAAAUAUAUAUGAAAAUAUAAAUGAUCUAUAUAAUUUACAAAGUAUAUUGUUUGGUAAAUUAUCUGUCACUAUAAAAGUACAAUUAGCCCUUACUUCCUUCUAACUAUUAGAAUGAACUUUAUAUAAGUGAGAACAAUUAGUCAUGAAUAUUUUUCAUUUUCAAAUAUGAAAGCUUUCCGAGGCCAGUAUUUGCAAAUAGAUUCGGUAACAAAGGACGAAGGAUUAAUAAUUCACAUGUUUAUCAUAUAUCCAUUUUUUUUUAAAAAAAUUAUUCACAUAUUCUUCCAUCUUUUUUUCUAUAAUGAACCGAUAAUUUCAUUCAAUUUUUUAUAAUAGAUGAGAUCUCCACGAAACUCCCACCCCCGCCACCUGACUUCUGAUAAUUUCAUUGUUUUAAAUAAACACUGUUGAUUAUUUGUACAGAUUUUUAAAGAAGGGAAAAACAAGGUAUUUUCUGAAUGUGUUUAACUGAAUCUUGAAAAAAAUUGAAAUGAAAUAUAACUCUGUUUGUUUGUUUUUGUUUGUUGUUGUAUCAUAAAUUCUACCCUGAUGUUAUUUUGUUGUUUGUUUUUUUUUAAAGAAGAAGAAAAAAAUUUUCAGUGAUUUUUGUUUGUUUGUUUAUUUAUUUA